GCGCUUGGACGUCUGCCUAGCAACCAAUGACGAACAUGGGGUUACGUUUUUUCUAUUGGCUGGGUUCGCCCAAUCGCCAGCGGGCUCUGGAUUGUUGCGCUGUUGGCCACCCGGAGCCCUUCUUGGUUUGCUUGCGACUUCAGGAGAGCGGAGCGCAGGUUGAGGAUCGCGGCCAGGAUGGCUCUGCGCUCUGCGCCCUUCCUGCUCCUGGUGUUGGUGGCGGUCGCCCUACGAGAGAGCUGCUUCGGCGCCUCUUCCCACUCCCUGAAGUACUUUUACUUCUCCAUUGCGGACCCCAAACAGGGGCAGCUCCACUUUGUCUCUGUGGGGUACAUGGAUGAUCAAAUCUUAGAUCACUAUGACAGCCACACCCGGAAAGUGCAGCCUCGAGUCUCCUGGAUGGAGAAGGUGGGGAAGGAGGAUCCCCAGUAUUGGGAGAGAGAGACCCAGAUAGCACGUGGCCGUGAGGAGACGUUCAGAAGAAACCUGGAGAACCUGAGGAGUCGCUACAACCAGAGUGAAGGCCUUCACACAUGGCAACUGAUGUAUGGCUGUGAACUCCAGGGAAACGGGAGCAAAGGAGGGCUUUGGCAGUAUGGCUACGAAGGGAAGACCUUCAUCACCUUCGACAAGGAGACCCUCACCUGGGUGGCUCCUGAACCCCAAGCCCAGAUCACCCAGAGGACAUGGGAUGGGAUUCCAGGCCGCAGUCAGUAUAUUAAGUCCUACCUGGAGAAGGAAUGUAUUGACUGGAUAAAGAAGUACCUGUCCUACAGGAAAGAGACGCUGCUGAGGACAGAUCCCCCAGUGGUGACUGUGAGCAGCAAGACCAAAGUGGAGGAUGGGAUGGAGACGCACAUCUGCCGCAUAGAUGGCUUCUACCCCAGGGAGAUCGAUGCCUCCUGGAAGAGGGACGGGGAGGUCUGGCUGCAGGACACCCACCAUGGGCCUGUGGCCCCCAAUGCGGAUGGGACCUACCACUACUGGCUCAGCGUCCGGAUUGAUCCCAAAGAGAGAGAACGCUAUCGGUGCCACGUGGAGCAUGAUGGGCUGCAGGAGCCUCUGGAUGUGGCCGUAAAAGUUCCAGAAUCCAACCAGAUGGGGCUCAUCAUCGGCUGCGUUGUGGGUGGUCUUGUCCUGGUUUGUGUGAUUGUUGGGAUCUUGGUAUUUUUCAGGAGGAAUGUGGCCAUUUAGCAGCCCCCUUGCAGCACGAGAGAACAGUCCCAGCAUGAGGAGAGAGGAGAGAAGAUGGGAUCAGCCUUCUUCUGAAUGAGGCCGGACUCUCAGGAGGAGCCCUUCAGCCCCAUCCUGCAUGCUUGGAACCAGGAUGGAGUUGGGGUCUUUCACCAUCGCUUUUAUCAUUGGCUCAGUAGCCUUUUGUAUUAGGAUUGAGGGACAGAGAAGAACAUUUUACAUGUUUAUAAUUGUGGAAUCAAAAGGAUUUAAACUGUGAUUAGUAGAUUUUUAAUUUUUUAUUUAUUUGUGGUCCUGCUGAAGGCAUUGAAGAUAUCCAACACACUUUCUCUUCCUAUUUUCUCCACAACAACCACCUGGUGAAGUGGUUGGGAUCAGAGAGAAUGACUGGCCCACCCAAGUUGUCUUUCGGGGCUAAGGGGGGAUUUGAACUCACAGUUGCUUUCUAGCCUGGUGCCUUAACCACUACAUCAAACUGCCUUGUAUAGCUUGUAAAUAGCUUGUAAUAUAGCUUGUAGCAACUAUGUUGUUAUUUCUGGUGACCUUUAAUGGGCUUCUGCUGAUUAACAGGUUUUAGAGAAAGGCCCAUAUCGAAUGGGGCCAGGAAUAGAGUGAAGAGUUUUACUUUAAGGGAGAAAGUUACUUUAGAUUAAAGUAACAUUAAUAGGAUGAAGAGUUGUUGGUUUCACUUUAAGGGAGAGUGAUAAACUUAAUCUCCAUCAUAAUUGCUUGAAUUGAAAGUGGAGGUUUUUUUUUCUUUCUCUUACUUUGUGUAAAUUGUAUAAUGAAUAGUAUGUACCAUGUACUGCCAUUUAUGGAUUUUCACAGUUUAGAAAAAUGAAACAGGAAACUUCCCACAUCAGGACCUGCUGAACUGACAUAUUGUUUUUUCUGCUGCCAAUGAACAGCUGAUUUUGCCACCAAAGCUGGUUAUUUGGUGGCUUUGCUGCCUGUUUUUUAAAGGGGAGACUAGGAACGACCCAAGAUGACAUUUGGACAAUCAUACACAGACAAUGCAAUUCUUGGUAAGGAGUGAUCAGAAGGACUAAUCUCUUGCCAUCCUUUCCCUUCAGCUGCUCAGCUUUCUUAAGCACACCUGGGUUUUAAUUUCAUAUUCUAAAGCUUUACAAUCUCUUGAUUCAUGACUAGUUCUCUUCUGACCUAUUUUAUAACCUGGACUUUUACAACUCUUUUUCCUCCUCUUUCAUUGUUUACCAUUAAAUUCAAAUUAUUAUUUUUUUAAAUGUAAGAAAGUUGCAAUGGACUUUAUGUUUACAUUUACACAAUAUUAUACUGUAAAUCUUGCUCUUUCUAGCUAUUUCUUUUUAAGAUCCUUGAUAUUGUAUCUCUUAAUUUUUUAUGAAAAAAUCCACUUUUAUUAACCUUGGGGGGAAAAAUCAUUUUCCCUAUGGAAGCUGUUGCUUAUCUGCUUCUUUUGUCCUUGAAAACAAAAGGUGUUUUUCAUGUCUUAGUGAUAAAUUAUUUUGGGAGAUAACUGAAGAAAGAAUGCUCUCCAACUUACAGGUUUUGUUUGAAAAUAUAAACCAAAAAUUCCAUGGGUCAAGAACGGUUCUGGAAAAUCAAGACAAUAUGCAAAAGCAGGAAAUAUCAGCUGAACAUGAUUUGCAAUUUGAAGAACUGGAGUUUAAUUAGUCACCGUCACACCCAAAUAAGUAUUGGUUUUGCCAAAAAAGAUAACAAAGAAUAUGAAUAGAAGAAACUCUUGAAAAAUAGAUAUGAUGAAGGAUGGACUGGAUUUUCUUAGCAAGAGAAAUGCUGUUGUUGAGGAGAAUUAUUCAACAAUGAAUCUGGCAAAGAUAGUUACAACAGAGACUUAUGAACUUUGGAAAUGAGAUGCAAUUGUUGUUAAAGUUCCUAAUUAAAAACCUAAGGAAAGCUUUCACAAUUAAGAACCAAAACACAAGUACACUGGACUCGGAGAUAAUGAUUGAAGCUGUUUGUGAUAAAUAAGAAAUUGUGUAGAUUUUCUAUGAAUAAAUUUUAAUAACAGACUGUUAGCAGAGUGCUUUGAUUUUAACUUUGCUGUUGUUCAACUAUUAACUAUUUUCCUUUCACAUAUGUAAUCUACGACAGGUCAGUUAGGCUGCAAAUAGAUCUACAAGAUUAUAAAUUUUGAAGCUCUUUUGCAAGGGGGGAAGCUAUUAUUGUUGCAAUAGAUUUCUCAGUGUUCAACUGGGGAGAGACAUAAUAUGUCUUUUCCUGUUUUUUCAUUAAGUAUUUUUCAAUGUUUUUGUUUAGUUUUGUUCUGUCUCUGUUCAUUCCUUUUCUUUUGGAUUUUAAUCUUUUACAUAAAAUAAAAUAAAAUUUUCAAUUCUAAGAAAAAUGGAACAGGAGAUCCAGUUUGGCCUGGCUCCUUUCCCCCUAAUUGUUGCACAUAUACCAUAAGAAUAGGAAAAUUGUUUGCUGAAAAUAAAUGGUUUUGCUUUCUUCUUAUCUGAGUUGCU